CCAAAAACGUACCAUGUAUUCUGGCGAGUUGCUCUGUUCUGACCGAGAGAUCCAACGGUGGCAGAAACGCAACGACUUGACCGAAGAAACACCCAAAACUCCCCAACAAAAAAAAGAGAUCUCAUGUAUUAUUUCAUCUUAUGCUCGGUUGCUCUUAUUCUUAUUAUUAUUUUAGUCUUGGAUUCUCCUUAUUUUUUCGCUGUUCCCUGUUUUUGUCUCUUAAAUAUUGUGAUGAUGCUUAUUGGCUCGGAGGAUUGCCCCUUUUGCAGCCCGGCACUGUACUCGGCCCAUGCACACUCUGGGGUUCCCUCCUUUUAUGGGACUGACAGAUGGCAAGUUUGGGUCGCCUCUAAAUUGGCAACAUUUGCCAACAUUUUCCUGAUGUGUCUUACCUACUAUUUCGAAAUACCUCUUUAGUACGCGAGCGGCAUGGCGACCGUGUUGGCGAAAAUAGCAUGGAUGGCUAUGGAUGUGAUAUCAGUGCGAGCGUGGAUGGUUCCUUUUUUUACCUUUUUUCUAUGGAGGGCCACCUGGCAUCUUAUGUGUUUCUAUU